AUGUAAUAAUAAGAAAUCAACCAUGCACUAAAAAAUCCAUUUUAGCCAAUUUUGAAAAAGGUUUUAAAAGUUGAUGAAGAAUUGGAAAGAUUAUCAUCAGAAACAUUCUAUAAUCCUUUUGAUGUUUUGUAUUUAGGAAUGGAGGCUACAGAUGAAGAUAUUAAGAAAAUGUUUAAUUCUUUCUCAAAAUUAUUACAUCCAGAUAAAUGUCAAGAUCCAAGAGCUAAAGACUGUUGGUAAAUAGUCGAUUAAGCUUAUAAAACUUUAAUGGAACCUGAGAAAAGAAAAGUUUAUAUAAGAAUUAUGAGAGAAGCUAGAGAGAAAACUGAAUUUGAAAGACUUAGAGAAAAUAAAAGAAGAGAAAAAACUGGAGUAGCUCCUUUACCACGUAGAAUUUUAAAUUAAUUUAUAAGCUGAUACUUUUGAAAGUGAUUUUUAAAAAUAAUGCAAGAAUCUAUUUAGUGAAAUAGAAGACAGAAAAUAACAUCUUACUAGAUUAGAAUAAUCAUAAAAGAGAUACAAAUUAGAUGAAUAUGAAAGAAGGAAAAUGUUGGAAUAAUAUAAAGUUUUGACUGAAGAAGAAUGGGAAAAGACUAGAGAUGAAAGAGUUAAUAAAUGGAGAGAAUUUAAUAAUAAGAAAACUGCUAUUGGUACCAAAUAAUCUAAUAAAGUAUUCAUUUCAUUUUCUAUUUUUAGGGUAUCAGACCUCCUACAGAAAAUAUUGAAUCUAGACCACUUGAAGUUAUAACUAAAAGAGGAGAUUUUAAAAAUAUUAAAUUGGAUUGAUC